AAAUUUCGUGGACGGUUGCAAUCUCAAGGGAAAAUGAAGAACUUGGUUGUGGCCUUGUUUUUCGUGCUGAGUUGUGUCGUUUCCGCCCAAUAUUUGACUCGCUGGGGCUACGAUCCUUAUGCUUACCUGACUUCAACGCAGGGAAUGUCCGAAAUGAUUGAAGCCCGUGCUCCACAUAAAUCCAACCGCAUGUUUGGCACUCUCGUCAAUCGAUUCAUUCUCAAAAAUCAAGAUUCAAGAAUUGAAAACCUCGAAAUUGAAAUUCAAAAAUUGAAAGCAUGUACCUGUACCAUCCCUACAAUCACCAUGGCAUCCGUCUCUAAGAUACCAACUUCCUGUGGAGACUUGCAACAGAUGGGUCACACGAAGAACGGACUUUAUUCCGUGAUGGGAAGCAAACAAGUCGAGACUGUUUACUGCGACUUCACAAAGCCAUUUGGCGCAGCAGAUUUUCAGGUACUGAUUGGUUCCGUUGGCGUUAAAUCAGUGGCAACGAACUUCUACGUUCAGAAACACACGAAAUUUUCGAGAAGAAAUACUCCGAUUCCGUUUGAGGUAGAAACCGUAAAUAACGGAGGAGCCAUGGAUUUGGCAUCAGGGAAAUUUACUGCACCCGUUAAGGGGACGUACUUCUUCACCUUUGCGGGACAUGCUAGUUUUCCUUCUUCGUUUACUCAAGUAGAAAUCCUUAGCAUAGAUUUUUACAGGAAUGGCAAUAAAGUUGGAACGGCCGAAGUUGGCGAGUUUCAUUCGGCCAACAAUCAGUUAUGUCCGUUAACCCUCCAGUCUUCUCAGAACUUGCAGGCUGGAGAUCAAGUCUGGUUGCAGAUUGAAACCGUAUCCAGUGGGGUUGAACUAUAUGACGAUAGUCGACAUCUGACUCAUUUUAGUGGCUUUCUUUUAGAGGAAGAUUUCUCGUAA